AUGUCAGGCCUGAACUCGCCGUCCCCGCAUCGGCGAAAGUCGCCAGAGAGCUAUGAGUCUGCGGCGAAAGAAAUCGAGCUGGAAAAACAGGUUGUCGCUGCGCUCAAGCGGCUCUCUUUCGGCCACUUGUUGAACAAUGACGCCGAUGCUGUGUUUCCCGAUCUGGAGUACCUGGAUCGGUUUGGCCGAGCGCCCAGUCUCAAGAACUCAGACACCACAGACACGAGUGUCUUUACGGACAAAGGUGCAGACGCUGCCACAGAUACGUCGUCUGACAAAGCCACCGACACCUCAUUUGACAAUGCUAGAAGUUCAGAACCAACUUUUGUCACAAACACAAAAACGAACGAGUUGCUUGACAAAGGCACAGAAACAGUGUCCCCAAUGGACAAUGCCCACUUGUCGCCCAAUCUGUCAUCGCCACACACAGACGGCCCAGAAACGCCGCCGUCGCCCGACGCACCCAUCGAUCUGUCAGACAUCUGGGUCCCUGCCAACGCACACCCAGAAAUCAAUCCGCAAGUGUUCCAGAGCCAUGUUCACAAUACGCUUGGUCAAUUGUUGGAACGCAAGCUUUCGCGGUCCAAAUCAGGCCGGCGCUCUUCGCUUUCACAAGAGCUGUCCGUGCCGUCUGACGCUCGGCCACGCGAUCUGAAACGGCUUUCCAAUCCGCUGCUCCAAGUUCUCUCGUCAGAAUUAGAAGAGCUCCUGCGUCUCGCAGGAAUGGAUGCCAAUGACGCCGUGACUUUAGCUCGCUCGCUCUCCACCUCUUCUUUGGGGUACACUGAUGCCGAGAAACAGGCUUUUGGCGAGUUGGGAUCGCCUCCAGGGCUGGCCGAGAUCCUCGAUUUGGGCGACGCCCAUCGGCAGGGCGACUUUUCGUUGAAGCGCAGCCGCCGCCUUGACUACCGCAAGUCUCCAGCGCCGGGGUCGCCGCUUCAAAAUCGGAAAGCCUCGGCGGCGCUGGGAUCGCAACUUCAGAGCCGUAAAGCAGAGAACUUGGCAGAAUUGCGUAACACGCUUGUUCCUUCGCAAUCCACACAACGGUCCAGCUUGCAAAGCAUCAAUCCACGCAGCUCCCAGCUUCUAUUUAGCUACAAGCCGCGGGAUUCCGCCAGGGUGACAAGUCACGGCAGUGGGAAAACUGUUUCUGCAAAGUCAAAAUCCACAGAGUCUUUCCAUGGUCAAAACCCCCAGAGUCCUAUUCUGAACCAUGCUGCUGCCCCGCAGUCUCACACAAAUACCCCUACUCACGGACAAUCCACGCAACACUCUUACAGGACCUUUUCGCAUGGCGGAAGGUCUCCCUCUCACGAACUUCUCCAGUCUCACCAUUCGCCUCGUCCUAACCUGUCGCAUUCUGGUCACCACGCAAGAAACCACGCUCAUUCUACACAGCCACAACAACAACUUCAGGUACAGCACCAACAAAAGCACAUCCAGCAACAGAAGCACCAACAUGCUGGCACAAACAACUCUCGUUCGUCUCGCCGCAAUCUGCAUCUUCCUUCACAGCAUUCAGGACCUGGUUAUCCUUAUCCCUACCCUUCGGGCCAUUCUCAUCCUGGCCAUCAUGCACAGUCUGUCCAGCCGCGCUCUACUACAAACUCUGGUCCCAUUGCACAACCUGGACCCGUGUCACAACCUGGCCCCGUGCCACACCCCGGCUCUGCUCCACAAGCUGGCUCUGUCACCCCAUCUUCCCAGUCUGGCUUUGGUCCACACUCUCCUGGUUAUUCUCCCAACACCAUUUCUGCAGGUUCCUUUACUUCUAGCUAUCCUUCAGCCUCCGGCUUUGCCAAUUCUUCUGGAUACCCAACCCAUUCAGGCCAUCUGACAAACUCAUAUGGUUACCCCAACCAGGGAGUUCCUAGACAGACUCGUUCGUCUCGUCAUAAAACACCGGCGCAUACUCAUGUCAAGGACAAACGUGAUAAGACACGCGAGCUCAACCAAAACUUAGACUUGUUGCGGAAUGAAAUCAACGAGUUCAAAGAAAGCUUGUCCAAAGCAGAGCCUGAGCCUGUACCCUUGAAGACAGAAGAACCAAGAGAAGUGUCCGAGCCCCAAGCCGAUUUCAGCUUUGAUCUUUCCUCCCACGAUGUCAGCUAUGAAGAUUCUCUAGGUAUCGAAAGAGAAAUUCUUCAUGAACUUGAUGUGGAGCGCUCAGGGCCACAAUUUGACAUGAAACUGACUACUCUGUUUCAUACUGCGUCCGAAGAUUUUUCUAAUCACAAUGCAGACGAGAAACUGCUACCAAAGUUCGAAAACCAGGAUGCAUCGAAAUUUGCAAGUCUGAAAGAAUCAUACUCGCAAAGCCCGGAUGUUAGAACCGAAGUGAAACAGAAAAACGAUCCUCCAAGAAGGAAGUACUCGAAAACUAGUCCCGCGGAACAGUUUUCCAGAGACAGACGUGCGCAAGAACCAAUACUGAAUAUAUCUCCCCAGAAUGAGGCCAAACCUUUUGGGGUGUCUGAAGAGAAAGCGCAGCAAAGACAGGAGAUCGACAAAGGGUUGUCUGAUCGAACUGCUACACAAGAGGAUGCUGUUGUCCAGGAGAACUUCGAGAAGUCCGUCUCUACUAAACAAAAAGGGAAAACAUCUAUUGAACAAUCAUCUCAGAAGCCAAUUCCUUCUUUUGAACCAACGUCUGAGUUGGAGGCUCUGAGCAUCAAUACAGAUAACGCAAAGCCUAACAUACGCGCUAAGGAAGAUUCCCAAUCCACAGAAAUGCUCUCCAGAGAGCUGACUGCUUCCAAUACUAAACCAUCUUUGCAAUCCUUGAAAGAAGCUGGUGCACCCGUCGCAGAAAAGAAGCAAGAAGAAAGUAAAAUCCGGAAGAAGAAGAGUUUUGGUUCGCUCACCAAGCAUGAUAGCUCUGAAAAGCACGAAAAGAAGAAGAAAGGUUGGUUAUGGUCUAAAGAGCGCUCAGUCAGUACGUCUAGUGCACAAAGUCCUGAAGUAGCAUUAAAACUUCCUUCUAGAGCCAUUUCUUCUCCUGAAAUCUCCUUGUCAAAAAAGGGUAAAAACGACCAUGGGAAAGAGAAUGUUAUUUCUAAACUUUUCAAGAAGAAACGCAGCAAUUCUUUCUCUUCGGAAAAGGUUCAUCAAAGUGCACCUCUCCGUGAAAUAAAGGAAUCUGGACCUUUGACAGAUAAAGAUACGACACCCACGGGAGCAUCACUUCCUAGAAAAGUGUCAGAUAAAAGCAAAAAGAACAAUGAUGCCAAAUUAUCUUCGGAAUCAAAAACUGCACUGGUUAUAGAGGAAAAAGAACAAAAUGGUUCAAGAAACAUUGCAGAUAAGUCAGGCGACGUGAAAAGUACGGAUGAAAAGGUCAAGGCAUUAUUCCGAAGCACUUUCAAAAAGAAGCAGCACCAGGACGCUAAAGAUGAACUGGUGCACACAGAGGAAACCGUAGAAGACAAAAGCCCAAAAACAGAAGAUUUGGGGACGAAGGCCAAUGUUAAAGAAGAGGAAGACGAUGACGAGGAAUUCAAGCCACAGACUACUCAAGAAGUGCAGGAGAAACUAAAGAAAGUCAUUAGAAGAACAUCGAGACCCAACCAGCCUAUCCAAUUUACAGACUCCGCCUUCGGGUUCCCUCUUCCUCCGCCAUCGCAAUCAACGUUGGUAAUGAUUGACCACAGAUUCCCCGUGCAUGUGGAACGAGCCAUCUAUCGGUUGUCACACCUCAAGCUUGCCAACCCCAAACGGUCUUUGAGAGAGCAGGUGCUUCUUUCUAAUUUCAUGUAUGCCUACUUGAAUUUGGUGGAUCACACAUUGCAUUUGGAGCAGCAAAUGUCGCUGGAGGAACAGGCACUAGAUCAACCUGAGGCAGACAUGGGAAAGCUGACCGCAGAAGAUCCUGACACAGAGUUUGAAAUGGACGACGAUCUUGAUGAGGGCGCCUUUGAUACCAUAAAGCUUGAUUUGGAUGUGCAAGAAAACCACAUCAGCGUAUAA